CACUAUAUAGAGAGCUCGGUGAGCUGAUCAGAGAGAAAGCAUUCUGCCAGCCGAGCGCCUCCAAAUCGCGAUCACUUCCUAACCUUCCCCCCCUUUUUAACAUAUUUGAUCACUUUGAUUCUCUCCUUCUCCUCCUCAUUAUUUUUUUCUCCGCGCACGAAGGAGGUUCUAUAGGUUGUGAUCCUCUCUCUCUCGCUCGCUCGCUUUUUUGUUUUUAUUAUUGCCGCUCGCUCGCCGGAGAGUUUGACUUCGCGUUUGACUCGAGCACGGGCUUCAUCCGCGCGCAGGCUGCUAAGCGCUACCUCAUCCGAAGAAAAGGGAAAAAGAAGAGUAGAGACAUUUUUAAAAUAUUUUUCCUUCGCGUGUGUGCCUGCUGCCAGUUGUUGGUUUUCCUUCAAGAUUUGCUGGAACUUGGUGUCGCCCGCCGCCAGUCACCUCCACCAGUCAGUGUGUGUUGUUUUCGCCGCGCGGGUGUGUGUGUCUGAAAGUUGUCGGCCCGUCUCCUCAUCAUUUUUUUUUUCGUCGUAUUUAUUUUCCAUUAAAAAAAAAUUCUCCACCUUUUUUGUUGCUUUGAUGGGUUUCCUGGAUGGCUGACUGCAGGCGCCCCUGGACUUGGCCUCAAAGAGCAGGACCGCGAUUCGGCUCUCCUGUUCCUCACUUCUGCUGACCAUUUCUGACCAAGUAGGCUAACGUUACCCCCACUGUUCAAGCGACGGCGUUGCUCGAUCGGUGCCGGAUAAACAGCCGCCGCUGUGCCGAUCCUGUGUUAAUCGUUUGACUGUUGCGAGAGCGUAAAUCGAAGCCCGUGCUGUGUUGUUAUUUUGCUGUUCGAUUUUUAUUCGCCCCACUCAAGAACGCCAACACGGAAGACAAAAAGUUUUCCCAACGCUGACUGAUAGAUAUGGCAAUGGUAGUGUGGCGAGGCUCCCAGGACGAUGUGGCUGAGACGCAGGGCGCGCUCUCGUCGCAAGCGCAAGGAGGACUGUCCCUGGCCGCGCCGCAACCCGGCCAGCUGAACCUCGCCGCCUCGCAGGUGGCCCCGCCGACCCCGCAGACGCCCGUGCAGCCGGGCGGCCCCAACGCCAACGCACAGUCCACGCCGUCCAACCCCACGUCGCAGAGCCAGUCGGACAAGCAGCAGCAGCAGCACAUCGAGUGUGUGGUGUGCGGCGACAAGUCCAGCGGCAAGCACUACGGCCAGUUCACGUGCGAGGGCUGCAAGAGCUUCUUCAAGCGCAGCGUGCGCAGGAACCUCACGUACACGUGCCGCGCCAACAGGAAUUGCCCCAUCGACCAGCACCACCGCAAUCAGUGCCAGUACUGCCGCCUCAAAAAAUGCCUCAAAGUUGGCAUGAGACGGGAAGUCUCUCUUUUCACUGCAGCCGUCCAGAGGGGAAGGAUGCCACCCACGCAGCCCCACCACGGCCAGUUCGCCCUAACCAACGGGGACCCGCUGCACUGCCAUUCCUACUUGUCCGGAUAUAUCUCCCUGCUGCUCCGAGCAGAGCCCUACCCGACGUCCCGCUACGGCAGCCAAUGCAUGCAGCCCAAUAACAUAAUGGGCAUCGAAAACAUUUGUGAACUGGCGGCGCGGAUGCUGUUCAGCGCCGUGGAAUGGGCCAGGAAUAUCCCCUUCUUCCCCGACCUGCAGAUCACAGACCAGGUGGCCCUGCUACGGCUCACCUGGAGUGAGCUGUUUGUGCUGAACGCGGCGCAGUGCUCCAUGCCCCUGCACGUGGCCCCGCUGCUAGCAGCCGCCGGCCUCCACGCCUCCCCCAUGUCCGCGGACAGAGUCGUGGCCUUUAUGGACCACAUUAGGAUCUUCCAGGAGCAAGUGGAAAAGCUGAAAGCAUUGCACGUUGACUCCGCCGAAUACAGCUGCUUGAAAGCCAUCGUGUUGUUCACAACGGAUGCUUGUGGUCUGUCAGACGUGGCCCAUAUCGAAAGUUUGCAAGAGAAGUCCCAGUGUGCACUGGAGGAGUACGUUCGGAGCCAGUACCCCAACCAACCCACCCGAUUUGGAAAGUUAUUACUACGCUUGCCUUCUCUUCGCACAGUGUCCUCUUCGGUAAUAGAGCAAUUAUUUUUCGUCCGAUUGGUAGGUAAAACCCCCAUUGAAACCCUCAUUCGGGAUAUGUUGCUUUCGGGGAGCAGUUUUAACUGGCCUUACAUGUCAAUUCAAUAAAGGAGCGAUCAAAAGGGAAGCUGUGACUGCAGUAGUUAGCGCUUCUUUUGUAGAAGGAACGGCUGUUACACGAGUUUACUUUCACGAAGAAAAAAGACGUUUUCUUAAAUGACUGUGAAUUAAAAAAAUCGAGACAUUCAGUGAACUUUCAAAAAUCAUGAUUGCUCCUAUAGUGUCAUUCUGAACAACUUGUUAGUAUGUUUUGAUUGUUUUUUUUUUUUUUUUUUUUUUUUUUUUACAAAAGGAAAAAAAAGAAAGAAAGAAAAAAUGGGACAAAAAGAAUGAUGGACAAAACGUACAAAGGAUUUUGAUAAUCCUUUUUGGGGGAAAUUAAACUUUAAAGUGCAUUGAAGCGAUAAUCUGGAGAAUUUAGGAUGAAGAAAAAAGUCCGUUUUCUUUUUUUUUACACAAAUGGCUACUUUGUCCUGUGUCCAUGUAUCUAUAGCUGUUUUGUAUUUCCCCCUCCUUUCUGGUUCCAAACCGGCCUAUGUGAUAGUAUGCAGUUGUGUUUUUUUUUUGUCUCUUUUUUCUAAUAACCACGACUUUUUAACCAGUUGAGUAAUGUAAAGACGUUCUUCAAGAAUUAAAAAAAGGAAAUCUACAGCAAUAUAGGACAAGGUUAUACUUAAAUGCUGCAAGCGCACUUACUCUUUGAUAUCCCCUUAAUAAACGGGAGUAGGGAUUUCUGUACGUCAGGUUCGAGCUAUCAAUUCAAAUGAGCCGACCGGUCCAUUAAAGGCCAGAUUAGCCGUAAUGCACCAGGGUGUCUCUGUCAAUGCCACUAAGUUCCUUCUGUAUUUCUCAAGACACCCGAAAGUAUCACCAUUUCAACAGUUAUUCUAUAAAAUGUACCACAUUGGAGGUGUUAUCACUGGACAGUUACAGAGAUAUUCUUAUACGUUUGUGUAGAAGUUGCGAGCUGGUCUUUAGUAGGCCGCAGAAAAACGGAUAAACAAGGUCUACUUUAAACCCACAGAACAAAUCACCGGGAUUGAAGUCUGAAAAGUUGCAUCUGUUCAAGAUAUUUCACUAUAUUUCACGAGGCCGUCCAGUUUUAUGCAGUGCGGAAUUGUCGCUACAGGAGAAAAACUCAAACCAUCCUAGGCUGUUUGAAGUUGGGCGAAAUAAGGUCCUCAGUUAUUUUUUCAUGACAGAGCAACAGUAUUAAUGAAUACAUCUGGGAAAGAAGUCUCCCCCAACUCUUCAAGCAUUAAAGUGCCUGUAAAAGCGCAAAAGUCACUGAUUUGUUUGUUGUUCAACGUUACGCUAUAGACGACGUGGGGACACGCUUCAAUUUUACAACUCAGUCUUAUGAUUGUGUAUUUCACUUGAAAUAAAAAGAGACAACGAUUAGAGACAGUAUUCUUGUAAAUAUAGGUCAAUUCAUUUCAAGGACUUUUUUCUUAUACAAAGUAUAUGUGAUUAAGAAAAAACUGUGGUUGCCAUUUUUGUUCGGUAAAAAAACAAAUGUCUUCAAAUUGAGUGGCAGACUUAGCUAGUAGCACUGAAAGUUCUGUUUGUAAUGUAUAUACAUAUUAAGACAAAUGUUUUUUUUUUCUUUCUUUCUUUUUUCAUGUAUUUAGACUGUGAAUGCAUGGCCACAGGUCGCUAACCUAUUUUACCUUUGAUAUAUAUAAAUGUAAAUGUUUUUGACUGUAUAGAUAUAAUCUGUGCAUUCAGUACACUAGCCCUUGUAUUUAAAAAAGGACAAAAAAAGAAACAAACCGUUCAAUAAUAGGCUAAGACUUAACAGGGUGAGCUGGUUUGGAAAGGGGUGGCUAUUUUGACUUAGUGUUCCUGCUCCUUUUCGGUCUGUAACAGAUGCCUUGUGUGUGUAUGUGUGAAAGCUUGCAAUUUCGUCCUUGUUCUGAGGCUUUUCUUCAACACACAAGACACCAUGUUGUGGUUGGAUAAAAAGGGAUCAUAUUGUGUAGUUGAUUCGAACAGUUAUCUUGAGCUGUUCCCAUUGCCACAUAUGGACCAGAGAAUGAUACAUGAUUGUAAUUAUGAACAGUUUAAACUGACCCACGUUUUUAUAUAAAUAUAUAAGAAUAUAUUACUGCAGGGUAUUGAUAACGUAUAGAUACUUUUUUAUUAUUAUUGAUUAUUAUUAAUUGCAAGUGAUAUACGUGAGUGUGUGUGGAAGUUUAUAGUUGAAAACAAUUCUUGUUUGUUUGUGUUAGCUUAUUGUAAACAAGCAUUCUGCUGUAAAUUUGUUCUUGGUAUUAAAUUAUAAUUUAUGAAUUUGAAAUCAAAAGCCUUGCCAUGUUUGUUAUUUGUGAGUUGCCGGUCAAUCAGCGACUGUUUUAAUGGGGGAGUGUGUAUGUUUUAAUGUGUUACACUGUUAAAAUGGUAUGUGUGUGCGCGCGUGUGGGUGAGUGUAAGCGUGUGUGUGUGUGCGGUUAUGUGUGGGUUAGAGUAUGUGAAAGAAUGCUAAAAAGCCAGUGGCUUCGAAAUUUGACGUGUAAAUGAUCCAACUUAAGUCUAACAUUUGCUACAAUGUGACCUGUUUUGAGUAUGACGUUUCAUUGUUAUUGAAAAGCGUUUAAAUGUAAUUUAGAAAGACACAAGCUGGUCAGUGUCUCGACACCUUGGGUGAACUCGACUACAUGCAUGUGCAAAACUCUCAGGGAGGUUUUACGCGUCUGAAUUAGCAAUGAAAUGCAACACUGCGCCUCUGAACGGGCUACAUGUCAAAUGCUGCCAUCGUCUGUUUUGAAAGCGGAACAUGACAGAAAAUGGCAAACAGCCGCGUUGUUCUGCGGUCACUGCUUCCUGUUCGGUUCAGCUCUGUCUCCAAACGAGUCCGUUUACACCUUUCUGCAAAUCUCUGGGUAAAGGACAGUCCAGCCGUGUGAAGGCUUCCCCCGGAAUUCGCCUCUAACUUGGUGUCCUAUUAGUUGAGUCAAUAUGGCGUCUUGGAGUCCAGUGCAAGUACUGCUCCUCGGAGCACAGCUCUGGCUUCUAAUAGAAACCACAUUGCAGAAAGAAAAGACCCCCUCCUCCUCCCUCUAUCCAGAGUGUGGGCUUCAAAAACUUUUCCUGACACAAAUGCGACCGGUUUGAGCACCUACCUGCUACCCGGUCUAGAAGCACAAAAAAUCAGUGAGAGGUUUUACAGAAAUUCACUUCUUGUUUUUUUUUUUUUCCAUCACACUUUGUUGAGUAAUGCAAACUGAGUGUGUGUCUUAGUGUGAUCUAUUUUUCCCGAACCUACUAAAGUUUGCUCAGCCUU